AUGACUGCUCCUCGUCGGCCUCCCCCGGCCUACACAGCACCCCCGGAUUCGGGCAUUCAUGCGACUUCGCAGCUCUACCAGUCCAUCUCAAAGACUGCAUCGGACCCGGCCGCACGUAUCCCAAAGGAUUCAUUCACAGUCCGGCCAUGCUCUGGUCAGGCAUGGGUGGUUCCCGCUGGCCACAUUUGCCGUUUGACAACACCGAAAGGACCCCAAGUUGGUGACCUGAACAUCUGGAAUGCGAAAAACCCCCGUGAGCGAAUGUGGGCAGCACGAACUCGGCAGAUACACGCCUCACACGUUUCCGUGGGCGACCGUCUCUGGUCCAACCUGCCCUAUCUCCGGCCCCUGGUGACAAUCACAGGCGACUCGCUGGGCGGCGGACAGUUGCAUGAUGUGCUAGGACCGGAUGGGAAGCGGAGGCCAGAGGUUACGUUUGGCACAACACAGUUUGGAGGACGCGUGCAUGACCUAAUGGGUACUCGAUGCGAUCCCUACGUGAAUCUCCUUAUGGGUGGAGAGACCUUUGAUUUUCACUGCCAUUCUAACCUAACACGUUCGGUGGCACCCUACGGCUUAACAGAGCUGGAUGUUCACGAUGUGUUGAAUGUCUUCCAGGUGACCGGAUUGGAUGAGGAAGGAAAGUACUUUAUGGAGACAUCACCAGCAAAGGCGGGCGAGUAUUUUGAGUUCUUUGCCGAGGUGGAUGUUUUGUGUGCCCUUUCGGCAUGCCCUGGUGGCGACCUGUCUAACUGGGGCUGGGAUGACAAGGAGGGCGGCAUGGGGUCGACCUGCCGGCCACUUGGUGUUGAAGUGUAUCAAUUGGCUGAUGGAAAGGUGCUGGACGGGUGGAAGGCUCCUUCCAGCCCAGCAUACAAGGGUAUGCAUGGGAUGAACAUGCCUCCUCGGGACCAAGACGGAAUGGUCGGACUAUGA